AAACUUUUCCAUUCAUAAUCAUAAUCAUAUCCUCGGAACAUUACAUUGAAAAAGCUCUUCAACUUUUCCUGAAUGAUCACUGAUUCAUGCCCACAAAAAUUAAUAAAGAAAAUGGAAUGCAAUGAAUGAGGAAAAAGAAUGGUUGUGUUAGCAUCAUCCUCUUCUCUUUCUCUACCUUCACCUUUCACCCUUCUUCCUUCUUCCUUUCCUUGCCCUUCCUCACACGUUACCUUACAGUCUUCUACUUUCCAAACAAACCCAAUUCGAUUCCACACCCCACCAGUCAUUUGCUGCUCCCUUUCUUCUUCUUCUUUGGAACAAUCUGAUUCAUUUUCUCAGAUGCACGAUAGCUUGUUGUACUCAAAAGCCUAUUGGGUUAGUGAAUCUGUUAUUGCUUGGAACAUUGAUGUUACCAACGGAUUUUGCUACCUUCUUGCUAGCAAAAAUGCUUCUUUGAGCACUGCAAAUUGCAAGAUUCAAGGUGAGGAUUUGAAAAUUCAGCUUCAAGAGGACAGGGAUGGCCUUCCUGCAAACGUGGUGGAGAAAUUUCCACACAUUCGAGGUUAUAGAGCUUUCAAAUUGCCACCUGCUUUGGAUGUUAAACCUCUUCUUAAAUCCCAGUUAGCGGUUGUUAUUUGCGACUUUGACGAGAAGUGCAGGAAUUGUACUGAUUUGCAGUUACCUGGUGUUUUAGAUGAGCUUUUCUCAUAUAGUGGUCCCCUUGGUGCACUUUUCUCUGAGGAAGCUGUGUCACUUUACCUGUGGGCGCCAACUGCUCAAGCAGUACGUGCUUACAUCUAUAAGGACCCAGUGGGAGAUGAUCCCAUAGAAAUUGUUCACCUUGAGGAGGAAAAUGGCGUUUGGAGAACUAUUGGACCGGCAACUUGGGAGGGUUGUUACUAUGUUUAUGAAGUAUGUGUUUACCACCCUAGCACUUUGCGGGUUGAAAAAUGCUAUGCAAAUGAUCCAUAUGCUAGAGGACUUUCAUCAGAUAGCAGGCGGACAUUUCUACUUAAUCUUGAUUCUGAUGAGUUAAAACCUGAUGGAUGGGCUAAUCUGGAAAAUGAGAAACCUAUUUUACAUUCUUUCUCUGAUAUAAGCAUAUAUGAAAUGCACAUAAGGGAUUUCAGUGCCAGCAACGUCUCUGUGCAACCUGAUUUUCGUGGUGGAUAUCUAGCCUUUACGUUGCCGGAUUCAGCAGGUGUACUUCAUCUAAAGAAAUUAGUAAGUGCUGGUAUCACCCAUAUCCAUCUAUUGCCAACAUUUCAGUUUGCCGAGGUUGAUGAUCAAAAGGAGAACUGGAGAUUUGUUGAUACCUCAAUACUGGAAAGUUUGCCACCUGAUUCAGAUCACCAACAAGCUCUCAUCAUGGCCAUCCAAGACAUUGAUGGAUAUAACUGGGGGUACAACCCUGUUCUUUGGGGUGUUCCUAAAGGCAGUUAUGCAAGUAAUCCAAAUGGUCCAAACCGUACAAUUGAGUUCCGCAAGAUGGUUAAGGCUCUUAACCAUAUUGGCCUCCGUGUUGUGUUGGAUGUUGUCUACAAUCAUUUGCAAGGAAAAGGGCCCUUUGAUGAACACUCUGUCCUUGAUAAGAUUGUUCCCGGUUACUAUCUAAGAAGGAAUACUGAUGGUUUCAUUGAGAACAGUACUUGUAUGAACAAUACUGCUAGUGAGCACUUUAUGGUCGAGCGUUUGAUCAUUGAUGACCUUGUACACUGGGCAGUCAAUUACAAGAUUGAUGGAUUCAGAUUUGAUCUUAUGGGUCAUAUAAUGAAGAGCACAAUGGUGAAAGCAAAAGAUGCCCUCCAUGGUUUAGCUAAAGCAAAAGAUGGAGUUGAUGGUUCAAGCAUCUACAUAUAUGGUGAAGGAUGGGACUUCGGUGAAGUUGCCAAAAAUGGACGUGGGAUAAAUGCUUCUCAGUUCAAUCUCCCAGGAACACAAAUUGGGAGCUUUAAUGAUCGAAUUCGAGAUGCUGUACUUGGUGGAUCUCCAUUUGGCCACCCUCUUCAACAGGGUUUUGUGACUGGUCUCCUUUUGCAGCCUAAUGGCCAUGACCAUGGAACAGAAGCUAAUGAGAAAUCCAUGCUUACUGCAUCAAUGGAUCAUAUCCAGAUUGGAAUGGCUGCAAACUUGCAAGAUUUUGUGUUAACCAAUUCUGAAGGAGAGGAGGUGAAAGGGUCAGAAAUAUUGACCCACGAUGGCACACCUGUUGCAUAUGCCUCAUGCCCCACAGAGACUAUCAAUUAUGUUUCUGCUCAUGACAAUGAAACCCUAUUUGACAUAGUUAGCUUAAAGACUCCAAUGGAUAUCUCUGUAGCUGAGAGAUGUAGGAUAAACCAUUUGGCUACCAGUAUUAUAGCAUUAUCACAGGGUAUUCCAUUUUUCCACUCUGGAGAUGAGUUACUCCGCUCAAAAUCACUGGAUCGAGAUUCAUACAAUUCUGGUGAUUGGUUCAACAGGCUAGACUUUACGUACAAUCAUAAUAAUUGGGGUGUUGGACUUCCUCCUCAGGAAAAAAAUGAAAAGAACUGGCCACUAAUCAAACCAAGACUGGCAGACCCAUCCUUCAAGCCUCAAAAAAUUGACAUCCUUACUGCAGUGGACAAUUUCUUAAACCUGUUGCGUAUAAGGUACUCUUCACCACUUUUCCGCUUGAAGACAGCAAAUGAUAUCCAGCAACGAGUACGCUUUCACAAUACUGGACCAUCAUGGGUUUUGGGAGUCAUAGUGAUGAGCAUUGAAGAUGGUCAUGAAGGCAUUCCUGGGUUGUCUCAGCUGGAUCCCAUAUAUUCGUUCAUUGUUGUUGUUGUCAACGCGAGUCCAAAAGAAGUAUCAUUUGUUAGCCCUGCCCUGCAAUCAAGAACUCUUCAAUUACAUCCCAUACAGGUAUUGUCUUCUGAUCAACUUGUUAAGAGCUCAACAUACGAGGCAUCUUCUGGCCGUUUUCUUGUGCCUCAAAGAACAACAGCUGUGUUCGUUGAGCCAAGGAAUAUUUGAGUCACUGCUUCUGUCAAAUAUGGGUUUGUCAUGAAUGUUAAAAUUUCCUUGAUACUACUGAUGAGAUACUAGUUUUGGUGCAUGAGGAUGGGUCUUUUGUGAUCUUCAGACACUGAACAUGUUUAUUAUAUUAUUAUUUAAUUAUCAUCGGUAUGUAUGAGUCUUCCAUUGUUGAU